CUGUCAUUGUCAUUUGUGGCUUGUGCUUGUUAAAUUGUGGACGCGAUUGCGAAUUCCUAUUGUUUUAUUUUAUAUUAUCAUCGGCCGUGUCUUUCUUCUGUAUAAUCGUAUCGCAAGCAAGAAAUCUCGAGAUAUAGUUUUAUAGUUGAAAUUCACCUUUAAUAAGUUUAAACUAUAAAAAUGGCAGCGGUUCAAGCCAAGCCCCAAUGGCCGGUUCGUCCGGGAAUUCAGCAUCAAAAUAGCCAGAAUGCCGCAAGUUUAACAUUAAACAGAUCGAUAAACUUAUAUCCGCUAACAAAUUACACAUUCGGUACGAAAGAACCGCUGUUUGAAAAAGAUGCAUCAGUACCUGCUAGGUUCCAGAGAAUGCGUGAAGAAUUUACUAAAAUCGGCAUGAGAAGGUCUGUGGAAGGAGUACUAUUAGUACAUGAACAUGGUUUACCUCAUGUAUUGUUACUGCAACUUGGGACUGCUUUCUUUAAGCUACCGGGUGGUGAACUUAAUCCUGGAGAAGAUGAAAUUGAGGGGCUAAAGAGAUUGCUUACCGAGACUCUUGGGAGACAAGAUGGUGUUAAACAGGAUUGGCUUAUUGAAGACACAAUUGGAAAUUGGUGGCGUCCAAACUUUGAACCACCACAGUAUCCCUACGUCCCACCCCACAUAACUAAACCUAAAGAACAUAAACGUCUGUUCUUAGUGCAGUUACAGGAUAGGGCAUUAUUUGCUGUACCCAAGAACUAUAAAUUAGUGGCUGCUCCUCUAUUUGAGUUAUAUGAUAACGCUCAGGGAUAUGGGCCGAUUAUUUCUUCCCUUUCACAAAGUUUAUGUAGGUUCAACUUUGUUUAUAUGUAAUUGUCACUUAGUAAAGUUAGCUGUCAUCCACAUGACAGUUGACAUGUCUAUAUUGUCAAGAGUAAUGUAUAAAAGUGGUUCCUGUUGAUCUCGGUUAUUCUGAUAUGCUUAUUUAUUGUGUUUAGCUAUGUAGGAUCAAGCUUACACAAUAUUUAGGUCUAGGGAAAACUAUGAUAAAGCCAACUUUAUAGAGAACGUUAUCUUGUCAAUUAACUUCUAAAUACUAAGAUUUAUACAUUUGAAGUGACAGUUUUACUGUAAGAGUUCAUCUGUUUAAUUUAAUAAAAAAUUCUAUGGGCUUACAUUCACAGGCUCUUUAACCGUAUUCUUUUUAACAAUUGUUUAACAUAAAUGAGCAUUAUUUAAAACUGUAAUUAUACAAUUGGUGAUUUUGGGUUAGGACCUAAAUAGAUUUAGAAGCAAAUUUAAGUGCUAACUGCGACUCCAUUGGAUAUCAACAUCCAGAAGCCAUAGUUACGUCCCAUCUCUAAAUCAUACCCUAAGAGUAUAAAGAACGAGCUUUAUAGCAUAAUUGCUAUGGUAAAAAUGCUUUAAAAAAAAUAUAUAUAUAUAUAUAUUACAGUGAACAUCUAACAAGUAUUUGACAUUUAAACCAUUGUUUAAAAAUUGAAAAGCUGUUAAAAGGUAAGAGAAAUGGAGCCCAAAUUUAUGUAAAGGCAUACACAAGUAUGAGGUAUUGUGUAAGUCUAUUCAUAUUGUAUUGUAAUAUUAGUGUAAGCAAUAUUGACAUAUGGAAUAAAA